GUAAAGAUUCAUUUAAGAUCAUGGACAAAGAGGGGCAAUGCACCAUUUGGGCCAAAAUUUGACUCGGCGAAUACUUACUAAUUGGAAAUUGAAAUGUAAACAAAAAGUCCGUAUGUUUAACUAUAUCGACUAAGAAAGAACGAUAAGAAAGAAGUUACGGUUUUACGGUGUGACAGCCGCCAAACGACCCUAUGACAGCCGCGAACGCUGUAAAUCAUCACCGUGCCGAACAUUAUUAUAGAACCCAACUCAAACAGAAAAAGUAAUUUGUUUCUUUUUGUAAAUGUGCGAAGGCGUGUAUGCGCGAUCGGAGCGGGCGGAGCGAUAAGAAGCCUGCUUUGCAUAAUGGAAUAUAAAGUUAGUAAAACAUACCCAGUCGGUCGGGGGUAGAGAAAACUGUACAUCUGCUACACAAAAAGCCAGAGCACUGUUGCUGGCAAAAAGAGUCUCCUUGCGUAGCAUGGCUGAGUCGUUGAAGGAAUUACGGGCAGUGGAUGUCGUACUAUUGGGAGUCUCCGCGCUGGUUGUCGUGGCAAAUGCUGCAGUAUGCGUCCUCGUUGUGGUCAGAAAACGCCUGCGGACCUACACCAACGGGUUCGUGUUGUCACUGGCGAUCUCAGACAUUCUAACGGGCGGAGUCUUCAUGCCGUUCAACCUGCUGAAUCCGAUGCAUAUUGCGCACGGCUUCGUCACAAUGCUGGUCAUCGUGUCCAGUACGUGUAACCUUAGCGCUGUGGCGUUUGACCGCUACCUGGCGGUCGUCAAACCUCUAGCGUAUAAAACCAAAAUCGCCGGCUCGUUCGCCCGUCUUGUGUGCGCGGUGUGGGGUGUAGCUGUCGUGAUGACUGUGCUGCCUAUCUCGUGGAAAGCAGAUCAGUCACUGUUGGUGCACAAGAUCUACGUAUCGUGUGCGGUGGCGCUCUUUCUCGUCUUUCCUCUCGUAUUCAUCUUGUUUGUCUACUCGUACAUAUUCGUCCGGUUGCGCAGACACGGCAAGAUGUCAAGAGCACUUCAAGCCACUAGAACUAGGCGGGACGAAAUACGAAAGAGCAAACGAGAAUUGAAAACCGUGAAAAUGUUCUCUUCGAUCGUUGCGCUUUUUCUCGUUAGCUGGUUUCCCGUGAUUGUUAUCACAAUGGCCUUCGUCGCCAACAAGCCAGUCCCUGCAUAUGUCUUCACCAUUUCGAAUUUCAGUAUAACAAUCUCGUCACUGGCAAACCCCUUUAUGUACACUUUAAUGAAAUUAGAUUUUCAGAGAGAGCUCAAAGCUAUAAUGCCGUGCUACAAACGGAACUCUCCCGUUUCACGCCUCCACUAUGCGCUAGCUCUCGGUAACUUGCGUAACACAACUUCCAUUCUUGCCCAGACAGAAGAAAGCCGCUCGGAAAGUUAAGUUUCUUUUAUUUUAUUCAAUUUACAAGUUUUAUUAAAAACAGUAAUCGCAGAAAGAUAUCAAUACUUGCUGUGAUGAACAAAACGAGCUAUACUAGGGUUAAGUCGGGUGAGACAAACGGGGACGUCGCAUUGCCAAUAAUAAAGAAAGAACAUAGAUACAAGGAAAUAAUACUACCUCCGCUUGAGGUCGUAACAACAUAAAAUUCAAUAUAAACAUUAUAUUGUAAAUAUUAAAUGAUUUACGCCUUCCGAGCUUUUGCUAUUCUGCAGCGAAUAUAGUUUUUGUUUUAUAGUCAAAAUAACGUCUAUAAUCAAAAUAUCGAAAUAUUUGUUAUAUGAUUACAAUUUGCGAUUCUUCAAUUAUGCCGUCGUCUUUGUAAGCCGUAUAUACGUAUUUAUAUGUGCCUUUGACGCGCGAGCCGGUGUAACAAAUCUAGUUUGUAUGGAUGUACGAUUGUAUAAUAGCACAGGAUCAUUAAUCAGCUCAAAUAAACGAGUGACUUUUAGGCUAUGAA